AUUUAUUUCAUUAAUUAUUUGAACACAACUACUCAUUCAAUUAUUAAAUUAAUAAUUUUAAUAAUUCUUAAAACGAAUCUAUUGAGAAUUUCAAUAGACAUAAAAAUGCAUACAGAACACAGUUUUAAAAAGUCAUACUUUUCCCAUUUGAAUAGAUGCAUGCAUUGCAACAAAAUAAGUGUGCUAGCCCCAGUCUUUAAGUGCACCGGUUGUUCCAUGGUAAGUCACCAAAGGUGCUUGGAAAAAAAUCAGUACACUAUUAACGAGCGUCUGAGGUUAGAAAAACGUAUUGUCAACGACCAAAAAACACCAGUGAAAAUCAAGUACAAUGAACUUGGGGAGCUUCUAGAACCCGAUUACCUGUACAAUAUGUUGGUAAUAGAAAAACGACACCCAAUAUCGUUGAUGUCAGAGAAAUACCUGAAAGCAAGGCAUGCAGAACACAAAUCCUUGUUUACUUCCAUUCGGGGACGUGCUAUUUGCGAAUGUGUAACGAGGCCGAUGUGGAGAAGAUCCGGUCAGGAACCUAAUACUACAGGUACUGCAGUUACAGUAACAGUUACAGAACCAGAACAAAGUACAUUAAUGUCUACACAGGAAAUGAGUACAGAAGCGCUAGAACCAUUAGUCUCUGCAGCGCCGGACACUAAUUUAGAGGAACGGGGACAAAGAUCUGUUUCACUAGAACUCGGAGAAAGGGCACCAGAACUAGGUGCAAGGACACCAGAAUCUGGAAGUGCUAGAUCACCGGAACCGAAUGCAGUGGCAUCAGAACCUGAUGCAGCCAAACCGGAACUCAGUGAACCAGUUUCGGAACUGAGUGUAACAAACCUGGUGUAGAGGGUAGAUGAUCAAAAAUGAAUACAGCCUGCAUAUUUAACUUAGUGCCUAGUCGCCAGAAUAUUUUGUAUUACCUACUGUAUUAAUAAAUUAAAAGUCCUAUAACCACUGAACA